GGGGAGCCGGCGGCGGUGGUGGCGGCGGCUGCGGCGGCGGGUGGCCGGCCAAGCGUGUGCCUGGUGGGAGAAGACGGGCGGCGGCGAUGCUGCCGCCUCCCUAAGGAGCCCCGAGGAGGUUGCUGCGCUUGAAGCCCCAGAAAGCGCGGAAGAGCUGCGAGCUGGGUCGGUGGCUUCGGGCGCCUGCCCGGCCAUGGUGGCCGCGGGCGGUGGUUGGCGCGGCAGCGCUGCGGCCCGGGGCCGUUCGGGGCUGGGACAGUCGUGGCGCUGACGCCCGAGGGGCCCAGCCACAGAUAUGAAGCGGAGCCGCUGCCGCGACCGACCGCAGCCGCCACCACCGGCCGCCUGCAGGGAGGAUGGGGCUCAGCGGGCGGCGGAGCUGCCCCAACCCCAGCCCUUGCCGUCGCGCCGGCGAGCGCCUCCUGGGAGGCAGCUACUGGAGGAGCGGACCGGGCCCUCGGGCCCCGAGGUGAAGGAGCAGGAUGUGAUAACUGGACUUAGUCCCCUGCUUUUCAGGAAGCUCAGUAAUCCUGACCUGUUUUCAUCCACUGGAAAAGCUAAACUUCAACGACAACUUAGUCAGGAUGACUGUAAGUUGCGGAGAGGAAGCCUGGCCAGUUCUCUGUCAGGUAAGCAGCUGCUCCCCUUGUCCAGCAGUGUACAUAGCAGUGUGGGACAGGUGACUUGGCAGUCUUCAGGAGAAGCAUCAAACCUGGUUCGAAUGAGGAACCAGUCUCUUGGACAAUCUGCACCUUCUCUUACUGCCAGCUUGAAGGAGUUGAGCCUUCCAAGAAGAGGCAGCUUUUGUCGGACAAGUAACCGUAAGAGUUUGAUUGUGACCUCUAGCACAUCACCUACACUACCACGGCCACACUCACCACUCCAUGGCCACACAGGUAACAGUCCUUUGGAUAGUCCCCGGAAUUUCUCUCCAAAUGCACCUGCUCACUUUUCCUUUGUUCCUGCCCGUAGCCAUGGCCACAGAGCAGACAGGACUGAUGGACGGCGCUGGUCUUUGGCCUCUUUGCCCUCUUCAGGCUAUGGAACCAACACUCCUAGCUCUACUGUCUCAUCAUCAUGUUCCUCACAGGAAAAGCUUCACCAGUUGCCCUUCCAGCCUACAGCUGAUGAGCUGCACUUUUUGACGAAACAUUUCAGCACAGAGAGUGUACCAGAUGAGGAGGGACGGCAGUCCCCAGCCAUGCGGCCCCGUUCUCGCAGCCUCAGUCCUGGACGGUCCCCAGUUUCCUUUGACAGUGAAAUAAUAAUGAUGAAUCAUGUGUACAAAGAAAGAUUUCCCAAGGCCACUGCACAAAUGGAAGAGCGUCUUGCGGAAUUCAUUUCCUCCAACACUCCAGACAGUGUGUUGCCCUUGGCAGAUGGAACCUUGAGCUUUAUUCAUCAUCAGGUGAUUGAGAUGGCCCGAGACUGCCUGGAUAAAUCUCGGAGUCGUCUCAUUACAUCACACUACUUCUAUGAGCUUCAAGAGAAUUUAGAGAAACUUCUGCAAGAUGCUCAUGAGCGCUCAGAGAGUUCAGAAGUGGCUUUUGUGAUGCAGUUGGUGAAGAAGCUGAUGAUUGUCAUUGCCCGCCCAGCUCGGCUCUUGGAAUGCCUGGAGUUUGACCCUGAAGAGUUCUACCACCUGUUAGAAGCAGCCGAGGGCCAUGCCAAAGAGGGACAAGGGAUUAAAUGUGACAUUCCCCGCUACAUCGUUAGUCAACUGGGCCUCACACGGGAUCCCUUAGAGGAAAUGGCCCAGUUGAGCAGCUAUGACAGUCCUGACACUCCAGAGACAGAUGAUUCAGUUGAGGGCCGUGGGGCAUCUCUGACUAAAAAGACACCCUCUGAAGAGGACUUUGAGACCAUUAAGCUCAUCAGCAAUGGCGCCUAUGGGGCUGUAUUCCUGGUGCGGCAUAAGUCCACUCGGCAGCGCUUUGCCAUGAAGAAGGUCAACAAGCAGAACUUGAUCCUACGGAACCAGAUCCAGCAGGCCUUCGUGGAGCGUGACAUACUGACUUUUGCCGAGAACCCCUUUGUCGUCAGCAUGUUCUGCUCCUUUGAGACCAAGCGCCACCUGUGCAUGGUGAUGGAGUAUGUGGAAGGAGGAGACUGUGCUACUCUGCUGAAGAACAUCGGGGCCCUGCCUGUGGACAUGGUGCGUCUGUACUUCGCAGAAACCGUGCUAGCCCUGGAGUACUUACACAACUAUGGCAUCGUGCACCGUGACCUCAAGCCUGACAACCUCCUGAUUACAUCCAUGGGGCACAUCAAGCUUACUGACUUUGGCCUUUCUAAAAUUGGCCUCAUGAGCCUGACAACAAACUUGUAUGAGGGCCACAUUGAAAAGGAUGCCCGGGAGUUCCUGGACAAGCAGGUAUGCGGGACCCCGGAGUACAUUGCGCCUGAGGUGAUCCUGCGUCAGGGCUAUGGGAAGCCAGUGGACUGGUGGGCCAUGGGCAUAAUCCUGUAUGAGUUCCUGGUGGGUUGCGUCCCUUUCUUUGGAGAUACUCCGGAGGAGCUCUUUGGGCAAGUGAUCAGUGAUGAGAUUGUGUGGCCUGAGGGGGAGGAUGCACUGCCGCCAGAUGCCCAGGACCUCACCUCUAAACUGCUCCACCAGAACCCUCUGGAGAGAUUGGGUGCAGGCAGUGCUUUUGAGGUGAAGCAGCAUCCGUUCUUUACUGGUCUGGACUGGACAGGACUUCUUCGCCAGAAGGCUGAAUUUAUUCCUCAACUGGAGUCAGAGGAUGAUACCAGCUACUUUGACACCCGCUCUGAGCGCUACCACCACGUGGACUCAGAGGAUGAGGAAGAAGUGAGUGAGGAUGGCUGCCUGGAGAUCCGCCAGUUCUCAUCGUGCUCUCCAAGGUUCAGCAAGGUGUACAGUAGCAUGGAGCGGCUGUCCCUGCUUGAGGAGCGCCGGGCACCACCCCCCACCAAGCGCAGCCUGAGUGAGGAGAAGGACGACCGCUCUGAUGGCCUGGCAGGGCUGAAGGGCCGAGACUGGAGCUGGGUGAUUGGCUCCCCUGAGAUAUUGCGGAAGAGGCUGUCAGUGUCAGAGUCAUCCCACACGGAGAGCGACUCAAGCCCUCCACUGACAGUGCGACGCCGCUGCUCAGGUCUCCUGGAUGCUCCUCACUUCCCUGAGGGCCCUGAGGAGGCUAGCAGCACCCCCAGGAGGCAGCAGCUGGAGGGUACAUGGCUUCUGACACCCCCAUCUGGAGAAGGGGUAUCUGGGCCUGUCCCUGAACGGCCAGUAGAGCGGCGACUGAAGCUAGAUGAGGAGCCUGUUGGCCAGAGCUGCAGCUCCAGUCCAGGUGUGGCCCAGCAGGUGGCCAGGAGGCCUGGAAUGGAGGACGCUGCAGGCAGGCAGGGGGGUGAGGCUCCACUGCAUUGCAGGUUUCAGUGCUCACUUGGGCCCACAGCUCUGGAGACUCGAGGAGGCCGUGGGACCCCACAGCUGACUGAGGGAGCCACAGCCAAGGCCAUCAGUGACCUGGCGGUACGCAGGGCCCGCCACCGACUGCUCUCCGGGGACUCAGCAGAAAAGCGCACCACUCGCCCCAUCAACAAAGUGAUCAAGUCUGCCUCAGCCACAACCCUGUCCCUCCUCAUUCCUACAGAACACACCUGCUCUCCAUUGGCCAGCCCCAUGUCCCCACAUUCCCAGUCAUCCAACCCAUCAUCCAGGGACUCUUCUCCAAGCAGGGACUUUUUGCCAGCCCUCAGCAGCUCGAGGCCCCCCAUCGUCAUCCACCGAGCUGGCAAGAAGUAUGGCUUCACCUUGCGGGCCAUCCGUGUCUACAUGGGUGACUCAGACGUCUACACUGUGCACCACAUGGUGUGGCACGUGGAAGAUGGAGGUCCAGCAAGUGAGGCAGGACUUCGUCAGGGUGACCUCAUCACUCAUGUCAACGGGGAGCCUGUGCAUGGACUGGUGCACACAGAAGUGGUGGAGCUGAUUCUGAAGAGUGGAAACAAGGUGUCUAUUUCAACAACGCCCUUGGAGAACACAUCCAUUAAAGUGGGGCCAGCUCGGAAGGGCAGCUAUAAGGCCAAGAUGGCCCGAAGGAGCAAGCGGAACCGGGGCAAAGAUGGGCAAGAAAGCAAAAAAAGGAGCUCCCUGUUCCGGAAGAUCACCAAGCAGGCAUCCCUGUUGCACACCAGCCGUAGCCUUUCCUCCCUUAACCGCUCCUUAUCAUCAGGGGAGAGCGGGCCAGGCUCUCCUACACACAGCCACAGCCUUUCCCCCCGAUCUCCCACUCAGGGCUACCGGGUGACCCCUGAUGCUCUGCAUUCAGUGGGAGGAAAUUCAUCACAGAGCAGCUCCCCCAGCUCCAGCGUGCCCAGUUCUCCAGCCGGCUCUGGGCACACACGACCCAGCUCCCUGCACGGCCUGGCACCCAAGCUCCAGCGCCAGUACCGCUCUCCGCGGCGCAAGUCGGCCGGCAGCAUCCCUCUGUCACCGCUGGCCCAUACCCCUUCCCCACCGCCAGCAGCUUCACCCCAGCGCUCCCCAUCACCCCUUUCUGGACAUGGAGCCCAGGCAUUCCCCACCAAGCUUCACUUGUCGCCUCCUCUGGGCAGGCAGCUCUCACGACCCAAGAGUGCAGAGCCGCCCCGCUCACCACUACUUAAGAGGGUACAGUCAGCUGAGAAACUGGCAGCUGCGCUUGCUGCUUCCGAGAAGAAGCUAGCCACUUCUCGGAAGCAUAGCCUUGACCUGCCCCACCCCGAGCUAAAGAAGGAACUGCCGCCCAGGGAAGUCAGCCCUCUAGAGGUGGUUGGGACCAGGAGUGUGCUGUCUGGGAAAGGGUCACUGCCAGGGAAGGGGGUGCUGCAGCCUUCUCCCUCAUGGGCCCUAGGCGCUCUCCGACAGGACCGGGCUGAACGGCGAGAGUCGCUGCAGAAGCAGGAAGCCAUCCGUGAGGUUGACUCUUCAGAGGAUGACGCCGAGGAGGGGCCGGAGAACAGCCAAGGUGUACAGGAACCGAGCUUGGCACCAAGCCCAGAAGUGGGCCGGGACCCACCCCUCAGAGGAGCAGGAGAGGGUGAGGAAGAGGAUGCCUUCUUGUCUAGGGACCCCAAGAGCCAGGGCUCAGCGGCCCCAGGCCUGUUGACAGAGAUCACACUGAAGGAUCCCGGAAUGGAAGGCCCUAGUGUCCCCCAGAGGAGGCUUGGGAUCCCACAAGCCUUUGAGGAGGCUGCCAGCUCCUCAUCACCGGCCCCCAGCCUAGGUAAGGCUGGACCCACAGACCCUAUCCCUCCUGAAGGCUGCUGGAAGGCCCAGCACUUCCAUACCCAGGCACUAACAGCACUUUGUCCUAGCUCUUCAGGACUUCUCCCUACCAGUCCCUCUGCUGUCGCCUCGACCUCUGGAGAGCCAGGCCCAUGGGCCUGGAAAUUUCUUAUUGAGGGUCCAGACAGGGCAUCCCCAAGCAGAAAGGCAACAAUGGAAGGUGGGAUGGCCAGCUCCCAGGAUUUGGAAACCAUAACUCCAGUCCACUCAGAGAACCUGUCUCCCAGACAGGAGGUGAAGUCAUGGCCACCUGGUGCCCCUGGGCCGGUCCAUCCACCUUGUGAGUUUCCCCGCCAAACCUGGCUGUGGGAGCCCGAAUGUGCACAAAUAGAGAAAGAGGAGCCAGCCCUGGGCAUCACCAAAGUGCCUGAUGCCUCAGGUGAUAGGAAGCAGGACAUUCCACGAAGAAGCUGCCCUCUCACCCAGGAGCCUGGGCCCAGCCUGCUCCGGAGAGGCCGAGACCCAACAGGCCCUCAAAAGCAUCAGGACUUGGCAUUGGUGCCUGAUGAGCUUUUAAAGCAAACCUAACAGUCGUUUGCCAUUUCUUGCACUCAGAUCUGUGUAAUACAUGCUCUUGGAAACCA